AAACACUGCAAUAAUUUUUGAUUAAAUGAUAAAUGAGAUAUGACUAAUAUGUAUUUUCAGAAUGUUUACACAUGCAUAUAUAUAUGCACGCCCAAUUUAUUUCGUUUUAAUUCGACUUAUGGUCGAACUGAAAAAUAACUGUAACAUAAUUUUGUAAAAUGUUAAAUAUUUUUAUUAGGAAAUUAUUUUAUUUACUUUGAAAUCUGGUGUUGCUCGUAUUUUAUAAAACAAUGGACACGAAUAUUACAAUUUCAGGAGAAAUGCAAGCUCCACCACUUAAACCUAACAUAAGCGGAUCUAAUUUCUUGCAAUUACCACAAUUUCAACUUAGUAAAUUAGAAUAUCCUCAAGUUCAAGCAUGGAUCGAACAUAGGAAAGCUAAUAUCAAACCUUGGAGCUUAUUUUUAAAUACCAAUUAUUUCCGUUCACCUCCAAGCGUCUCAAGAUUAAGUAAACGAAUUGUUAAAAAUAUCGAAUACUUUCAGAGCAACUAUCUAUUUGUAUUCAUUGGAUUAUUUAUAUAUUGUUUGAUUACAUCGCCUUUAUUACUUAUUGCUGUUAUGAUACCUCUUGGAACUUGUUAUAAAAUAUCCAAACGACAUACUAAUGAAGGAGGAUUGUCUGUUCUCGGUCAUAAAUUGACUUUAGCUCAAUUAUAUUUGUUAAUAGGAAUUUGUUCAUUGCCUAUAUUUUAUUUGGUUGGAGCUGGAGCAGUUCUUUUUUGGGUACUCGGUGCAUCCUGGUUUUUAAUAACACUUCAUGCUACUUUUUAUAACAUUGAUUCAGUUUUAUGUCCCGGGCAGGAGGAACUUGAUGCAUUAGUAGUUCAAGAAGUGUGAAGUUAUCUUAAAUAUGAAAAUAGUGAUUAUACUAAACAGGUAAAUGUUUUUUAUAUGAACAAGAAUUUUCAUAUCUUAUUCUCAUAUGAAAAUAUACAAAAAAUAUGUUCGUCGUUAAGAAGAAGAAGAAAAAAGAAAAAUAAAAGAAUUACGAAGCUCAAAACGCUUCCUUAUAUACUAAAUUGUAAAUAUCCUUUAGGGAUAUCUAUCUAUAAGCGCGGAAAUUAUCAAUGUUUUGCACUCAGAGAUCUACUUCUAACAUUAUUAUUAUUACUACGACUACUACUAUUUAUUAUUGUAAUUAGUAUUAGUAAUAAAAAAAUAUUAUUAUAUAUUUAUGAAAGAUUAAAAGAUAUCAGUUCUCUGCCAGGAGUCAGGAUCCACCCUAAUUGGCACAUAUUAUUAUAAGUUUCCAGUGUUUUACUUACCUAAUUUAUAUGGGUAAGUAUUACGAUGGAUUAACUUAAGUCUAAAUACAAAAAUAAAAAUAAUGAUUUACAAAUUUAAUUAUACUUAUGCUAAAAUUAUUACAAAAUUCGUAUGAGAUUAUAUAUAAUCAUUAUUGUAUUACAAGCAUCUUACAAAAUUGAUUUUCGAUUUACGUUUAAAAUUAAAAUCGAAAUGUUAUAGUCAAACAAUGUUCCUUUAUGCUUUCUAAACGAACACAAAUAAAACAGAAGCAAACUAAAUUUAUAUCAUAUAAGACAUUUUUUUGAAUACUACAAAGGCUUGUUACAAGAAUUUGGCAUUUAUGUGUCAUUUUUAAGUAGCAAAUGCGGUAGUCGUUUUGAAAUUACAACGAUAAUAAUAUACAUGCUAUUAUACAUUCUAUUUCAGACUUGCAUUCCAAUAUUUAUUUGUGAAUAACGAUGCGAAAUAAAUGAUGU